AUGGCUGUCGUGAGUUCUAUGCCUGCAACUCCACCACAGGUCAAUCCUAUGAACACGCUUCGUGAUAUUGGGGUUCCUGGAAUCAUGACUAGUAGGAGAGAAAUUGUAAGUGAGCCUAGUCCAAGUAUGGUUAAUGAUACAAUCUAUGUUGCUGUGCCAAAAGAUGUGAAAGAUGGCAAAUUAAAUCUCAUAUGGGCAAUACAAAAUUCUGGAGGAAAGAGAAUUUGCAUCCUUCAUGUUCACGUGCCAGCACCCAUGAUCCCUUUGAUGGGUGCUAAAUUUCGUGCAAAUGCACUGAGAGAGGAGGAAGUUCAUGAUUACCAUGAAAGAGAAAGGCAAAAAAUGCACAAGACUUUGGAAGCCUAUCUACUUAUCUGUCAAAGAAUGGGGGUGCGGGCAGGGAAACUACACAUUGAAAUGGAUUGUGUAGAAAAAGGGAUUGUACAACUCAUCUCCCAGUAUGGCAUAAAGACGCUUGUAAUGGGAGCAGCAUGUGAUAAGUACCAUUCUAAGAGAAUGGUAUCCCUCAGAUCUAAGAAAGCUAUAUAUGUAUGUGAACAAGCUCUGCCUUCUUGUCAUAUAAAGUUUAUCUGCAACGGGUACCUCAUACACACAAGUGCUAUAUCAAUCAGGGAUAGCAAUUUGGAUAGAGGAAAUGUUGAGGUCAUAUCUCCUUCCGUGCAGCAAAUAGCAAACUCUGAAGUUGGGCAUUCACCUAACAUGAUAUCCUCAUCUGUAGGGCAAGGGAAAAAUUAUUGGACAAAACUACCUAAUUCAGAGCAAGAGUUUUUUCGUAGAGUGAGGACUAUCAGUGAUGGACAAAUGAGUCGCAUUGGAUCUGUUUCUUCUUCAGAAGGGUACUUAACUCCUCAGAGGAAGUUCGGGAAAGAAUUAAGUUGUGAGGAGUUAGAUGGGCAGUCUCGAAGGAGUUCUUCAGUUUUCUCAAUGUGCUUUAACAGUUGUUCAGUUGAUGCAGAAUUGAUCCCUAAUUUGAUGAAUGAUGGCAGUGGGAAUGUAUUAGACUUGACGUUGAAUGAAUUUUCUCUGAAUAACAAGGAUGUUCAUCAUUCACCAUCUUCAAGUGUAGUGGAUGGAGGAAGGGAUGAUGCUCUCUAUGAUCAACUUGAACAGGCAAUGGCUGAGACUGCGGAUGCUAGGCAUGAUGCAUACCAAGCAACUCUUAGGCGUGUGAAAGCAGAAAGAGAAGCCAUUGAUGCUAUACGCAAAGCUAAAGCUACUGAAAACUUGUAUCAAGAAGAGCUAAAACUAAGAAAAGAACAAGAGGAAGCAGUGCAGAAUGCAAAUCAAGAACUUGAUAAUAUGAAGAGCCAAAUAAACAAAGUUAAUGAAGAACUUCGACUUGCCUUAAAUCAGAAAUUAUGUCUAGAGAAUCAAAUUGCAUCAACUGAACUCAUUAUAAAGGAGUUGAAGCAGAAGAUUAUAUCUGCUGAUGACCUGUCACAAAACUACAAGCAUGAACUAGAUGAUUUGCAAAUGCAGCUUGGUAACGCAUUGGUUGAGGCUGAGGAGUUGAAGAAAAAACAAGGGGAAGCAUCAAGAAUGCAGGAGCUCCAACGCUUCUCAGAAUUCUCCUUUUCAGAGAUUAAAGAAGCAACAAGUAACUUCAAUGCAUCCCUGAAGAUUGGACAGGGUGGGUAUGGAAGUAUAUUUAAAGGUAUCUUACGUCACACUGAGGUGGCUAUAAAAAUAUUGAGUCCUGACAGCACCCAAGGCCCAGAGGAGUUUCAACAGGAGGUUGAUAUAUUGAGCAAGUUAAGGCACCCCAAUCUUGUGACACUUAUAGGGUCCUGCCCAGAAUACUGGUCUCUUGUCUACGAGUAUUUACCCAAUGGAAGCCUUGAAGAUCGUCUGAACUGCAAGGAUAACACACCUCCAUUAUCAUGGCAAACUCGAAUUCGCAUUGCUGCAGAACUCUGCUCUGCUCUAAUUUUUCUUCACUCAAGUAAACCUCACAGCAUAGCACAUGGUGACUUAAAACCUGGCAACAUUCUCCUUGAUGCAAACCUUGUAUGCAAGCUGAGUGACUUUGGAAUCUGCCGUAUAUUAUCUUGUCAAGAGGGUUCAAGUAACAGCACUACACAGUUUUGGAGAACUGUUCCAAAGGGAACUUUUGUGUAUGUGGAUCCCGAAUUCAUUGUUUGUGGUGAAAUCACACCAAAGUCAGAUGUUUAUUCAUUUGGAAUCAUUCUAUUGAGAUUGAUCACUGGGAAACCUGCUCUUAAAAUAACAAAGGAAGUGCAAAAGGCAUUAAAUGGUGGAAAGUUGAAAUCCAUCUUGGAUCCUUCGGCUGGAGACUGGCCAAUUAUGGUUGCUGAAGAGUUGGUCCGGUUGGCUUUGAGGUGUUGUGAGAUGAAUAGAAAGAGCAGACCUAACCUUCAUCCAGAUGUUUGGAGAAUACUGGAACCAAUGAGGGCUUCUUGUGGUGCCACCAACACCUUUCAACUGGGUUCUAAAGGACAAUGCCAACCUCCUCCAUAUUUCAUUUGUCCAAUCUCUCUGAAAGUGAUGGAAGAUCCACAAGUGGCUGGAGAUGGUUUUACUUACGAAGGUGGAGCAAUAAGAGAAUGGCUGAAAAAUGGUCGUGAAAAUUCACCAAGAACAAACUCUAAGCUUCCACAUCACAACCUUAUUCCCAACCACUCUCUUCGCCAUGCAAUCCACGACUGGCUUCAAACUCACUGA